UGCUAGAAGCUCGAUAGAAAUGAGUCUCACGACACGUCUCGUCCAGAUCGACUCUGUGAGUAGCUCAUAAUCCAGCACCGCCAGCUGCACCUGAAUCUUGCCGUCGCUGCACGUCGAGUGCUGCUCGCACCCGCAUCCGAGCUCAGUCGAACCCAGAACAACGAGCGGUGGCCGUGCAAUCCCCUCCACCAUGUCUACUUCGUCAUCCUUUACUGGUCUGUCCCAGCGCUUCGCCGAUGUGGCCAACUUCCUCCUCUCUCCCACUGUUGCCACAUCCGCCGCCUUAAUAUUGGCCGCCCCUCUCGGCCUCCUUUUCUACCUCCGCUCCCGUCCACGCCUGCACGUUAUUCCCCCAUAUCGCGAACGCGUACUGAUUUUGGGUGCAUCGUCGGGCGUCGGCGCAACGCUCGCACAAGCCUACGCCGCGCGUGGAUGCAGAGACGUCGUUCUCGUUGCUAGGAGGCAGGAGGUGCUAGAGCAGGUCAAGGUAUCGUGUAGAGAUGCGGCCAAGAAGUGCGAGGAAUGGAGGACGUCGCAGCAGGGGCCUGGGUGGGAGAAGAACCAAGGAAAGGAGCGGUAUUGGACCGUGCAGGCAGAUUGCACCAAGGCGGAAGAUCUGGUGAAAGUCCGUGAUCUAGUCUUGAAGGAACUCGGCGGCCUUGAUACGCUGCACAUCUGCUUUGGCGUAUCAGCACUCAAGCCGCUUCUUGGAAUCGCGUCUGUCGACCCUCUGUCUCCACUCGCAUCAUCUUCCGCCACCGCAAGCUCGCCUCAUCCCACAUCUAGUGCGCUAAGCCACGUCCAUUCUGUUGUUUCCAAAGCAACCGAAGCGAAUCUCACCGCCACAGCCCUGGCGCUUGCCACGUUCAUCCCCGUGAUGCAAUCUUCCAGUAUAUCUUCAGAUCCGUGCAUCGCCCUGCUAAGCAGCAUGGCAGCCCUCAUGCCUGCUCCGACGCGUGGACUGUACGGUGCGACGAAAGCGGCGCAGCUGCUGCUUUUCGAAGGCGUCGCGCUCGAGUGUGAGGCGCAAGCACAAGGUGUGCGGGCUGGAGAGGCGCCUCCGAAGGGGAACAAGAAGAAGCUCGCGUUGGUGCGUUUCGUAAGCAUAUGUCCAGGAACGAUCAAAUCCGACUUCCGCGCAUCCGCUGUGGACGUUUCGGCUGGCGAACUGGACCGGAUCAAGGACGAUAGCUGGAGCAAAGGCAGCGGAGAAGGUCAAAAAAGCGCAAGUGGUGGCAAGAGCGACAUCCUCACACCCCUACAAGUUGCCGAACGGAUGAUGCUCGCGGUCGAUCGCGGGACGACGGGGAGGAUCUGCACGCCAUUCAAAUACGCCGUAGCAGACCUUCUGCAGCCAGCCAUAGGCCCAUUCCUUCGGAAGAUGGCGCACAAAAAAUAUAGCUACUGAACGCGACUUUGUCCUUGUGUUUGCAUAAAAGUACAGUAUUCAAGUGUAGAUGAAAAUGCACGUAGUCUAGUACAAAUGCGACAGGGAGGCGGCGGAG